AUGGCCAAGGUCGCUCUCAUCACCGGUGGCACCAGUGGAAUCGGGCUUGCCGUAGCCCAGGACCUGGUCCAGACCGGCAGCUGGCAGGUCAGCAUCAUCGGUAGCAACAAGGAACGAGGCCAAGAAGCAGUGGCUUCCCUUUCCGGCGUCACAUUCUAUCAAGCCGAUGUGCGAAACUACCAGCAACUAGCUAGUGUAUUUGACAAGAUCUUCAAUGUCACUGGUCGACUAGACUUUGUUUUCGCCAAUGCCGGGAAAGCAGAGUACAUCGAUUUCUUUGCCCAGUCCGAGACCGACAUCCCGCCUCAACCGGGUUCCGAAAUAGUUGAUAUCAACCUGAAUGGCGCUCUUUAUACCAGUUAUCUCGCGAUGCACUAUUUUCGUCGCUCUCCGGAGUCCACAAAAGGGCAUAGGAAUUUGAUCCUUACAUCGAGUGUUGGGGGUUUAUACCCCUGCAUGUUAACCCCGGUAUACUCUGGCACUAAACAUGCGAUCAUUGGAUUCACGCGCUCUGUUGGAGAACGGCUCUGGGAAGAGGGCGUACGGGUCAAUGCUCUGUGCCCUGGAGUAGUGGAAACGCCUCUUUUAGCUGUUGAGGAGUUCUACGCGCUUUUCUCACGGGAAAUCUUAAUUCCUAUGGCCGUUGUAACGGGUGUAGUAUUACAGCUGCUGUCUGGGGAGGCUAUGACUGAUGCCAGAGGGACGCGCGUCGCGGGCGAUGAGAUGCAUUCCCGGGCUGUUCACGUUUCCGGGAAGAACUUUCUGUUUAUUGAAAAGCCCGAGAUUUAUGAUGAGCAGACUCGGAUCACAUGGGCUGCAAUGAUGGGGCAUAAGUAA